CGCCGUCCAUGGCGUUGACUGUGGAUCAGGGCGAGGAGGUCAACGGCCUUGGUAUCCAUAGAUACGAGUAAAUUAUAACUGACAACAAACUCUUUGUCGACGACAUUACAUCGAUGAUUCGGGCCGUGAGUGUCAACCUGAAGGGCGUUUACUACUGUAUAGUAUAGGGUGAAUGAUCGUUUACUCAGAAGUUUAAUAAACAUCAAAGAUAUAUUUGUUAUUUUGGGAAUGGGAAUCACAAAUUACAUUCAUCAUGAGUAACAGUAAUUACUCAGAAGUACAUUCGUGGUUCGAAAAGUCUGGAGUCAUAUCAAGUAUACGAACACAUAUUAGACAAAACUUGGUAAUCGCUCUUAAAAACAAUGCAUCUUCUCGUGAAGUAAAGACAGACUUCAGAUCAGCAAAGCAAUAUGUCUACGACAUGUUAAUUGCUGAAUAUUUACUAAAGUAUAAUUACUUUUACACGUUAUCGGUCUUUGCAAGUGAAACACCUCUCCUAAUUAACCUACAUCAACAAGCAGAAGCAUACACUCAGAGCACUGAAGACUGCAAGAAAAAUAAGCUGCCAAACGACUAUGUUCAUCACGCACUUCAAACUCUGGGAAUAAGCCCUGAGAAACCUAAUGGACAAAAUAUUUUGUCUCAUUACGCUGAUGGUGACUCGCCUCUGAUUUUCUGCAUUCUUAAAUCUUUAAUUCUAUAUUUUUCCAAUACAUUGUUUGAUAAAAAUGAUGCGGACAAAGUACAUACUAAUAACCAACAAACACAAACUGAUCAUAUCGUUCCAACCGAGACUUUUGAAACAAUUGCCCUGUUAGAUGCAAAGAAAAAAUUGUUCCAACAGAAAGAACUUUUUGGUACUCAGUUAAAAAACAAGGAAUUCGAGUUAAGGGAACAGGCAUUAUCAAUAGAACGACAAUUAGCUUCACUGAAUGGAAAACUUCAACAUGCACAGAACCUUAUGCAACUUGUGGAUUCAAAAGAAAAUCGUCUGGUACGAGAAAAGUUGAAAAAUGAACAAAAUCUGGCAAGCAGAGAACUGGAGUUAUCAGUAAAAGAAAGGCUACUUUCUGAAGAAGCUGAUAGGUUACAAAAAGAACGAGUUAGUUACAGAACAUUUGAAGGAGACGUGAAAAAACUGCAGGAAGAAUUAAUUAAAGUUCGAAAUGAAAUUCCUGCUCAAUCUGCGAUGUUCAGUACGAUAAAAAAAGACGAGUGUGUGCAAACAGAUAUUUCCGUUAGCGCGUCAAAUGUAGAAGUGCGUCUGCUUAAUGAAGAAAAGCAAGAAUUAACUAAUCUUAUUAGAGAACAACAAUCAAGGAUAGAAGAAUUAACGUUACGCGUUGUUACAUUGUCCAGACAAUUAGAGGAGGCUCUAUUAUCAAGGGCUUCCAAUAGCAAAAACAUGAAUGCAAAUAAUGGGUACAGCGAAAGUAGUUCAACUGAAGAUAUCUUGCAAGAUGCAAAAAUGCGACUUAGGCGACUAGAAGCAGAAAGUUUAAGAGCAGAUCAAUAUUUUCAGAGCUGUAUAACUAUUUCUCCAUAAUAAAUGAAUGAAUAAUUAAA